AUGUUAAACGCACCUCAGCUGAACACACAGGACCAGCUAUUUGAAGAUAUCAUGCCCCUGGAACUCAUUGAUGAUGAAAAUGCAAUCUCUUAUUGGUCUUGUGAGGCUGAGGAGAACUGUCUUAGAUGGAGAAUUGCAUUUACCAACUUCUUCUCCCAAGGAACCCAGGAGCUGGAGGCUCCAGCCAUAACCGCACUGCAGGAGAUGAGAAAAUGGACUCGCAACCCAAGUAUUGCCCACAAGUCUAGGAUGGAAUUUGCUAUCUUGCGCUCCGGUCUUGGUCAUGAAAUCCUACGGAUUGCCAACCCACAGGUGGGUUUGGAAAACAGGACCCCUUAUCUGUCCCUCAGCUUCCAGCGAUAUCGUUGGAAAGAGAGCCUACUUAGUUGUAUGCUUGGAUGGGUUGAUCGAGUCUUGCCUCCUAGAAUUGAGACCAGCCAGUCUACAAAUGCAAACGCCAAAGAAUUCCUGCAACUCCUGUCCCGGCAUAAUGUGUGCCCAUUUCGGUCCAAUUACUCUUCAGUAUUUGCAUUUUCAUCUGAGAGAUGCUUCCUGGCUGAAGCUGUUCGAUGGAUGUUACCAACUCUGGCUGCCAAGACCCCAUCUACCACAUGGGUACACAAAACCUCAUUGAAUCACCUAUUCCGUUUGAUCUGCGGUUUCUCAAUCAUUGAUCUGGAUGCCCUGCAUUUGGAUGAAGAAUUGCUUUUGGUUCUGAAGUUGUCUACUGAGCUGAGGAGCCUACGACGAGAAUUACUCAAAGGUUUUCAUACAAAGUUCCACAAUAAUGUGGAUCCAGAUACCCAAGGUUGUCGCACAUGCUAUGAUCAACCUGAGGAUUCCAAGUGUGUCAGGUAUUGGACGGUUGAGCCUAGUCAUCACUUUGAAUUCCAUGGAAAGGUCAUCACACCCUAUCAGGCCAAUGAUCCAGAUCGACUUCCUCCCAUAGGCAAGGGCUGUGCAUCCCAAACCAACUACGUUCCUCUAAUGGACCUGGGUCUGAGAAAGAUCUCACGCCGUGCAGAUGUACUGGAACGUUGUGGUCGGGACGUGACCCUGUUGAUUGAUAUCAGCUCACCCAGUACCAUAUUGGCAGGAGUUUCUUUUGACACAUUUUCUCAUGUGGACCUUCAGAAGAUCCGUUGCGAUGCCUCUGCAAAGGAAACCAAAUCCAUCAAACGUGGCAGCCAGUUCAGCCGAUUUGAAUGGGGUAGGAUGCAUCCAGUUGGUUCCAGGAAGCCUGCUGGGGGAAGACCUGGAGACACCUAUACGAGCUAUGCCGGUAUGGAGGUUACAAAUACAGCCCAUAUUAGGUUGCUCUUUGCUCAUGCCACUGAUGUAGAAAGGAUGGUGGCUGCAAUCACACCGUUACAUCCUCAUGCAGCCAAGGAGCUUCGAGAGUUGUCUUCUGAAGUCAAUUCUUUGGGGGGCAUAGGCGCAACUGCAUAUUACUGUUGGAACUUUGUGGCACCGCAGCAUAUGGACCGUGAUGCCACUUGGACCAUAUCCCUGCAGACCUGCAAAGAGGCACCAGCAGAUGAGUUCAACUUCGUCAUGAUGGACCUUGGCUGCUAUGUGGAAACAGCUGAAAAUGCCCUGUGGUAA